AUGAAUUCAAUCACAUUAUCAUCAUUAUUUGCAAGUAGCCCUAAUCCAUUGAAUCCCUUUAAAAUUCCAACAACAACUUCACUACCCCUACCAUUAUCACCACCAUUACCAUUGUCAACAGCAGCAACAACAACAACAACAACAACAACAAUAAUAAAUGGAACAGGCAGUGCAGCUGAAUUAACAAAAUCACUUAUACCAGAAAAAUAUCAAGUAGUUUUGUUAAGUUUUGCGUAUGGUAUCAUAUCUUUACUUGCUGUCGUGGGCAAUUCGUCUAUUAUCUAUAUUGUCUUACGAAAUCGACGAAUGCAUUCAGUGACAAAUUAUUUCAUAUGCAAUUUAGCUCUCGCCGAUUGUCUUGUUGCUUGUUUUGCUAUACCAUUUCAAUUUCAAGCAGCAGCUCUUCAAAAAUGGGUUUUACCGCAUUUUCUUUGUAAACUAGCACCAUUUGUUCAAAUACUUUCAGUCGACGUAUCAAUAUAUACUCUUGUUGUUGUUUCUAUCGAUCGCUAUCAUGUUAUGUUACAUCCAUUGAAACCAAAAUUAUCUACAAAAUCUGCAUGUAUCAUAUUUAUUAUAAUAUGGCUUAUUGCAUUGGCAUCAUCAAUACCUAGUCUUUUAUUUUAUAAUGUCUAUUUUAUAGAUGAUUUCGGUUAUCAAUGUUUGCCAAAUACAUAUGAACAACAACAAAAAGAUAACAAUUCAACAGCUAAUUCUUAUCAUAUAAAUACAAUAUAUAUUGUCUAUAAUAUAUAUUCACAAUAUAUAAUACCAUUUAUAAUAAUAAGUUGUGCUUAUUUUCGUAUAGCAGCACAUUUAUAUUUUUCUAAACCAGUUGGACAAACAAAACAUCAGGAAGUAAUCGCACGCAAUAGGCGCAAAGUAUUGAAGAUGCUAUUUCUCGUUGUUGCUUUAUUUUUAAUCUGUUGGUUUCCGUUACAACUUUACAAUUUUCUUAAUGUUUAUAAACCAGAAAUAAAUGAUUUUAAACAUAUCGUAGUUUUAUGGUUAUGUGCUAAUUGGCUCGCUAUGUCGAAUUCAUGUCACAACCCAUUUAUCUACGGUUUUUGUAGUGUAAAAUUUAAUCGAGAAUUUCGUAAACUUUUUUCUUGUCUUCCUUGUAUUGAUGCCACUCAAUUAGACAAUGAAAUAUCAAAUAAAAAUCGUGUAAACGUACCACUAUCGGCUCAGACUCGAUCGACAACCUUACAAAUACAACGUACCAAUUGUCAACGCCGUUCGCCUAAUUCUUCGCCACUGUUGUCGGAAAAUAAAAAAUGGUCAAAGAAGAAAACAACAAAAAAUCAAAUUUUGUCAACAUCAAUAACAACGAAAAGACAUCAAAAUGGAAAACAACAUCAUUUUUUUGCAAAUACUAAUCCCGAAGAUCAUCACAGUACACUAUUUAGUAAUACAAACAACUAUUACAGUUCAAAAAUGAAUCGAUCAAUUACUAAUUGUGAAAAAUUUUUACCCGAUCAAGAUAUAAUGAAUUCUACAAAAGAAAAUGAUCUUUUAUUAAUGCAAGCACGACAAUCGGCACGCUUUACGUAG